AUGGACGAUGCUCUUGCUUUCCUCAAAGUACUGAACAGGUCUACAAUUCUGGGAAAAACGCCUCUAUCGCCAAACUUUGGUCCAAGUUCCAAUUUAGAUGGAUCUCUCAGAGAUCAAGAUACUUUCAUUCUCGGGGACGACGACGAUGAGGACGACGUUCUAACCACAUAUGAUGGUGGCAUCCGGGUACGAGAUAGUGGCGCACCACCACCUUAUACUUCGAUAUGUGAACAUCCUAGCGGCGCUGUUGCGCCUCCGCAGACAUCUCAUGUGCAACACCCUUCUGAUUCUACAAACCCAGACCCAAAUGCUUCUCCAAACUCCCGGAUGGUCACCAUGUCGGCGAAUUCUACGAAAGCAACACCAUAUAAGUAUUACCUCGAUCGGAAAGACACUCUGCAAGGAUUAUCGCUCCGUUUUGGCAUAGACGGACAUGAAAUUUGCCGUAUGAACAAACUACCGCCUUCUGUCUUACGGACAACACCACACCUUUUGCAUACUCGAUCUUUUCUUCUUUUGCCACCUUCCGCUAAACCCCAUCCAUCUUUGACAUUAAGCACUGCCGAGGAGGAGGCACUAGAGGCCAAACUAGUAAGGGAAAGGGCGGAGAAGAAGUUACAAACACUCACUAAAGAGGCGGAUUGGCGUAUCGCGAAAGCUUACGUAGCCCUCGCAGACGAUUGUCAAGUGCAAGAAGAUUUUUCGUCCAAACGAAAGGAGAUGGGUUUUGCGAAAGGGAAUGUCCAAACGGCUUCUGCAAGUAAAUUGGAUGGAUUAGAGGCGUUAGCUGCUGCACACUAUCUCGAUGACGAGGAAUGGGAGGCUGAGGAACGCCGUGCUGGCCGAGAUGUCCAAGUUCUGCGCCUUCCGGCCCCAGAUAGCAAUCAAGCACAGGCGACGAACGGGCAAUGGUGGGGUCGGCGCAAGUCAUGA